CUCAGCUUCUUCAUCGCAAUGUUAUAGCUAACCUGAGAACCAACAGAGCACUGCAUGGACGAUUUACGCCAAGCCAUCAUGUGCAAUGCCGAUUUCACUCUCCUCACCUACGAUUGGCUUCCAAACUACCGCAAGCCCUGGCCCAACUUCAACGUCGAUUACGAAUGUGUAAACUGGGAACUAUUGGAUGGCUGGGCUGAAAAACGCGUCUUCUCGCUGUUUGAUCACAAAUCCCUGAUGCAUCCGCAGCUUGGUAUGUUCUUUAUCAAUGUUAAAAACCCAACGAUACAUGUCAAAUACUGAUUGUUUACUAGGGGAUCCAUUUCCCAUCAUCAACGGGACCGUCGAUUUCGGAGAAGGGCUUCAUCCGCAUGUCGCAUAUGACGGAGCAGAUGACAAGAAGGAUCAGGAUGACCUUGGACAUGAACACCAUGGGUCGCACUUGUGAUACUUCGCGUGCUUUUGGAAACCACGGUAAAACGCAGUAGAUGAAC